GAGGCGGAGCGCACAAUGGCGUGCGAUACGUAACGUCUCGGCGGGGGAGUGUGUGGUCCCCUUCACCGCAAAGUGUCCUGGUGUUUUCGGACGUUUGCCCGUCGCAACUUCUGCGCGUCACAUUUAGUUUCCUGGAAUCAUCAGCGAUUCAAUACGACGCCACGACGUUCGAGAACGAUCCCAACGGACGACAAUGACGGAUAAGAUGUAGAUCUCUUACUGCGUGGGCUGCGUGACAACGUAGUGUCAUUCUUUCGGAGCAGACGACGGCGGGGGCCAUAUAUCGAUCCCCGAUCACGUCGCGGGCGAUGCGUUCUCGCAUUGUUGGUAAACCGCGGACCUUAGCACGUCGGUAGAGAUCACCCGUCGCACGAGAGAGAUGGAGAUCCUUGGCGACUACGAGUACAAUCCUAAGGACCUGAUCGGCACCGGCGCCUUCGCCGUAGUCUUCAGGGGCAGGCAUCGCAAAAAACCAAAUCUGGUAGUAGCGAUCAAGAGUAUCACAAAGAAGACCUUGGCUAAGUCGCAGGAUUUGCUGAAAAAGGAGAUCAAAAUCUUAAAGGCAUUAACUAAACUGCAUCAUGAGAAUGUUGUUGCAUUGUAUGAUUGUAAGGAGUCUAAUCAUAAUGUCUUCCUGGUUAUGGAAUAUUGUAACGGUGGAGAUUUGGGAGAUUAUUUAAAUGCGAAAGGAACUCUUUCCGAGGAUACUAUCAGGCUAUUCCUUAAGCAAUUGGUCCGCGCAAUGAAAGUACUCCACGCCAAAGGAAUAGUCCACAGAGAUCUUAAGCCACAAAAUAUCCUAUUGAACCACAACUGUGGCAAAGCCUGCCCGCAGCCACAUGAAAUAACAUUGAAAAUAGCGGAUUUUGGUUUUGCUAGAUUCCUACAGGAAGGCGUGAUGGCCGCGACUUUGUGCGGAUCACCGAUGUACAUGGCACCUGAGGUCAUUAUGUCUCUUCAAUAUGACGCAAAAGCGGAUCUGUGGUCUGUUGGGACUAUAUUGUACCAAUGUCUUACCGGGAAGGCGCCGCAUCCCGCAAACAACCCUCAUGCACUCAAGUCGAUUUACGAGAACACUGUCAAUCUUGUUCCUAGUAUACCACCUGGAACAUCACCUGAGCUGACGAAUCUCCUGAUGGGCCUGUUAAGACGCGAAGCGACCGACCGUAUGGAUUUUGAUCAUUUCUUUGGUCACGCAUUCCUCACAGGUGUUCGUGAGAGUCCAACUCCAAGCCCCGUGCCUACCGAACUGCCGGCGUCGCCAGGGACAAUGGCGAUUCCGAUCGAAGAAGGAACACCGAUUGUUAACAGAUCGGAGCCCGAAACGACAGAGACUCCAUGUUCCAGUCCCGAGGAUGAUUUUGUUCUUGUACCGAGUGAUAUCAGUAGUGAUACUGACAAUAAUCUGCCAGUCAAAUAUACCAAACAAAUGAGUAGGGAAACUGUCAGUCCACCUCGGCCGUGUUUAUCGAAAUUGGGCGAAUAUACCAGACAGACGAGUAGGGAAGCCAUUAGUCCGCCCAGACCAUGUUAUCUGCCGAUCUCUGAGCCGAUUCCUGUUCCAUGUCAACGAAAUACAACAGCUCAGCAACCGCCACAAUCUCCCUCAACAAAUGCCGCGCGUUCCGGCAGUAGUGUCGUACCUCGCUCACAACCGAUCAGUAUGAAACGCAGCGUAGACUCCCAUAGAAGUAAUCCACCGGAUAUCGGUUCCCUCAGUCCACCUAGCGUGCAGUUUGUCAUCGGCACGCCGCCUGGCAGAAGGUUGAGCGAAACUCCGCCACCACCUAACACAUGGCAGGUCAGCCCUGUGGCAAGACACUCGCAUACACCGAGCGGAACCUCGCCUUUGCGCCGUUCUACAGGUAAUAACAGCGCGUCUUCGCCGUUGCUCACAGGGCCGCUAGCGGUGCUUGGCUCACCCACUUCACGAGCCUUUCAAGACAACAACAACACCCUCAGGCAUUCACCUGUCAUACCCUUUGGCACAAGAGCUGUCACACUUCCGGAAAUAUCUGAAGCUGGUAGUUUCCAAAGUCUCUUUCCGGAUAUACCGCCAACAACUGAUGAUCGUCCAUUAACGUUCAUUGCACCAGAACUACCAGAGGAGACACUGAUGGAGCGUGAACAUAACGAGGUCCUGGCCAAGUUGAAUUUUGUCGUGGCACUGUGUGAAUGUGUAUGCGAAGUCGCCAGAUCUAGAGCUGGUCCGCUUGGCAAUAUUGAGCAACCGGCGCCUCUCGGCAGUAUCGAACAGGCUGGCAACGCGGCUACCAGAAAACGUGCUGAGCAGGUCAUCCUUCUGGUACGAGCACUUCAAUGGCUCAGUUCUGGUUUGAAUCUAGCCACUCAAGAACUUAAAGCUGGAAGACUGCAACCGACAGCCACUGUGAAGGAGGUUGUCAGUACUAUGAACGAGAAAUUCAAGUCAUGUUUAAUGGAAUGUAAGCAGUUGAAUAGUGUGGGACUUCUUCGUCAAACAGGAGCCACGGCGGAUAAGAUACUGUACAAUCACGCGAUUCAUAUGUGUCAAUCAGCAGCGUUGGACGAGCUGUUUGGAAAAGGUGGUGAAUGUUUCCAGCGAUACCACACAGCACAAAUAUUAUUGCAUUCGUUAGCACAGCAUGUCAGUCAUAGUCAGGAUCGGGCUCUGCUUAUUAAAUAUAAAGAAGCAGUAGAGAAGCGACUGUACGUGCUACAACAGCAAGGCUACAUUUACGCAACCGAACCCACGUAGCGCUUGUGAAAUAUGGCAGCUAAAUGCGGCGGCGACAGCCGUCUAGAAGAGAUCCCGCCCGAGCAGCCACCCGUAUCAUCGUACUCGAUAUCGCUCUUGUGUAAUAUAUUCUGCCCUAUUCUGUACAAAAGGCGAGAUUGAUGCAGAGAUAGCAGCUCCAAGCGGAGGCAGGAGUUCUUAAAAUUUGCAGCUGACAUAUAUUAUUUUACCGAGGCUAACUGAUUUAAAAGAAGAGUUCGCAGUUCCAUGUGGAAUGGUAGUGAAGAAAAUGAAAGUCUCCUGUUCACACAAUCCUGUCCUAUUCUAUCCCGCAGGUUACUUUAUAUGAUUUAUUAAAGCUUAAGUACAAUUAAGAUACACUGUAUAAUGUACGUACACGACGUGGUCGAUAAAUAAUAUUUAUUUCGUAUAUCGAUCAAUAAACAUGUGUGUAUACUAA